AUGAAGGUGGUGCAACUGGAGGCUUUACUGUUGACCUUCUAUUGGCCUGAAAUUCAACGGAAACCGGAGCUUUUGGAUGUGUUGUCUACAUCCAACAUCGCGCUUAGUCACCGGGAUCGGGUCAAGAAAUUGGCCAGCGCUUGGCUCCUCAUGCAUGUCCUUAGUUUGCCAGUCGCAACCAGGACGUCUUGUCUGCGUCCCAAUUGCAUGCCUGACGGAUUGUUCUACAGAUAUUUCCGGAUGCAGCUUUUCCUCCGAACGUUACAGGCUAAGAGCUUGCCAAAAGGAAGGUAUAUGGCGCGCCAUGAUGUGUGCGGUGGAAGCGUGUCAUUGUGGGGCGAUGUCAGGGUGCUGUCUGCCUUGACAGGUGAAUGUGUGUUGUCGUGUUCAAUUCCGGACUGGUUGGAAGAUGACGAAAGUUUCCUUCAUCUUGCCCGCACAAGUGCCGUCGAAGCCUUCGGUCUGCCAUACUUCGCCCUUCAUUUCCUCUUGUCAGACCAAUUGAUUGAAGAGGAGGCCACUUGGCAGGACUUAGGUUGCCCAAACAUAGUCACAAUGGUGAAAAAGCCCAAAGUAUUAGAUUGGGCAGACGACCUCUUCGAUGCCAUUGAGAAAGAUGAUGUCGGUGCUGUCAAAGAAAUCCUGAAGAUGGGUCAGGACCCGGAUACAACCAUCAUCAAUUCUGCUUUGGGCACUGCAGUCCAGCAGCGCAACCUCCCAAUUGUGAGGAUGUUGGUCAGAGCGCAAGCCAACGUAAAUUAUGUCCCUCCUGGACAAAAAGGUCCUUUGCAUUUCGCUGUGCUUCACGACGCAGAAUCCUGUGCCUCCUUCUUGCUUUGGCAAGGGGCGAACCCAAAUCUAGAAGACAAUACUGCGGCUAAAAACACGCCCUUGCAUUAUGCAGCUGCUUACGAAGACGCGGCCUUUGCUGACAUGCUGCUCGCUCAUAGCGCAAAUCCCUUGAAGCAAAAUGCAUGGUAUUCGUCUCCGUACACACUAGCGCGUUGCUGUGGCCCUGUUGUAUCCCUUUGCCUCGAAUACAGUUUCAUCGUGUCGAUGCUGCUACCCUCUUGCAGGGCAUACUGUCAAUCUUGGCAGAAUACGGAUGUCCUUCCAGUUUGUGGUGCGCGUCUAAAUCGUUUCAAUCGGAACGCCCGUGUUGGGAUGUGGAAGGGGGCAGCGCAGUUUCGUUUGUCUUGGCUUGCACAGGAAAGCAUAUAUGCAGCCUCAGUGUCACGGAAGAUUGCACAAUUCUUGGUCUCAAGCAGCAUGUUGCUCGCCAUCAUGGGCAUCUUCCCUUUGCUGUGUCGCUGGUCCUGGAAGGAGCCAAAUUGCUCAGGCAUUGUGCGGCGAACUGGGCGCCAAGAGGCGGUACUACUCACUGCAGUUGGAGCUGGUUUGUUUUAUUGCGUUCACCUUCUGCUGUCUGCCUUUGCCGACCCGAGGGUUGUUGGCAACGACAGUCGAAGCGCCUUGCACUUGGCCACCCUGAAAAAUACUCCAACAACUUUGCAGCUGUUGUCAGAUUCUAGAGCUGAUGUGCACGUGCAAGACUUUGGCGGAGAAACGCCGUUACACUUGGCGGCCAUGGGCGGAAAUGUUCUGCUUGUGAAACAGUUGCUCUUGGCGGGCGCCGAUCCCUUGGUUCCUGAUGCGAGAGACCAGACGCCUCUUUUAUGUUGCUUCGAUUCAGACACAAGGGCUUCUCUCAUGGAUGGUUGUUGGGAGAGGCUGUCAGAGUCAUGGGUAACCCUUUUCCUUUUAAAUGCCCGAAUGCUUUCCACAUACAGAGUGCGCAGCGAGUUAGCGCCGCUAUGCCGCGGCUUGCGGCAGUGUUUCACAGGGGAUGUUUGUGGCGGAAGCACACUUCGAGAUUUGCCCUCCGCGAUCCAAGCCAAUAGACAAGUAGCCCGGAAGCGGAAAAUUCAGAAGCUUAUCACGUGGACACAGACUGGGAUGGAGUUGCCAAUCCGUGGUGAUGGCGCAGACGGGUUGGUGCCAUUCAACUAUGAGCAUUUCGUGGCUUGUCAAGACCUCACGACCUUGGCUUGGCUCCACCCGCACGGUCGCGACGUUCAUGUCCGUUUUGAGCAGGAAAACCACGAGUACUUUGUUGAUGGAUCGAAGACGCAAGGAUCAGUCACGGGGAUGAUUCACGCCUUUUCGCGUCCUUUUGAUGCGGAUGCAGUUAUCCGCGGCAUGAUGGCUAGUGACCGUUGGCCCCGACCAAAUUAUUUGCGUCCCGUUAUGACGGAGGCCGUGUUGCAGAGGGUGCGCGCGGUUGAUCCUUCCCUUCUUCUUGCGUUGCUCGAUGUUCCACGCAACGACCCGUGGAUUUGUGAACGGGUCCAAGCAUUGAAGCCGCAGUUCCCAGACCUCAGUCAUAGUUUAUCCUUGGGGCCAGACGAGAUCAAGACAAUGUGGAAGAUGAAAGGCAGUGAAGCGGCUGCAUGUGGUUCUUAUAUGCAUUAUCUGUUUGAAGCCCAUAUCAAUGGGUAUGCAGUGCCGCAAACCAGUCCUGAAUUCAGAAUGCUGAUCAAAUUCCUCGACAAAAUGCAGGGGUGGCGGGCAUACCGGACUGAAUGGGUUGUUUUCGCCGAAAAUGAAAAUCUAGCUGGCUCUAUAGAUUUCUGUGCCGUAGACAAUGAAGGCUCACUGGCGCUGAUUGAUUGGAAAAGGUCUGCGAAUUUGGCAGAAAAAUUUUGGUCGCCUUGUGCGAUGUUGCCGCCCUUGGGCCGCAUUCCCGAUUGCGCUGGGUCACAUUACAGACUUCAGUUGAACGCUUACAGGCACAUCAUUGAGAAGUACUACGGGUACAAGGUUUCAAAAAUGUUCAUUGUUGGCACUCAUCCAGACAGGCAACUGGACCCUUUCAUUGAUGAAGUGCCGCGUAUGGAGGCCGAGAUUGAGGCGAUCAUGAAGAUUUGGCAGCAAAAAGCGAAAGAUGUUUGUGGCGGUGCGUUAGAUAGUUCUCAGCCUUCGCAAGGCAGAGCCUUGAGCGAACAACCGUGUGAGACUCAGCCAGAAGUGGUAGAGACGCAAGUGAAAGAAGAAGGCCCUGAAGACCCAGAUCUGUGUGAUGUUGAGGAUGAUCCUUUGCUGGCUUCCGUGAAGAAGAGACGGCUCAUGAAAGGGGCACAGACAACUCGGAGUGAGUUUGAGGAUAUGUUUCGCCAGUAUCAUGAAUGGAACGAGGCCUUAGUUCAUGAGGACAAGGACACAGCAGGUGCCAACGAUACAAUUCUGGCUCGUGUUUGUGAACUCCGGCGGAUAGUGACCGACAAAUACCCUGCCUGGUCUGAGCGCUUGGUGCGCAUUGGCGCCGCUGCUCUUGCAGCAUACCGCGCCAGAUUGUCCGAUCGUCUCUUCAUGGGCGACAAUGCCUUCUUCCUGUGGCUUGUGGAAGGUGACAGGUUCAUUCGGAUUCAUGAAGGCUUCCGCUAUAUCUACAAUGACAAUGGCGCCUUUAUGCCUUACUCCGGGAUCCCGCCUCAAGCCGUACUUGCGCGAUUAGCGCUGUUCUUCUCUCAGCUGGAAGGUAUUUUCAGGCGAAUGGACCCUGCAACCCGGCGCAACGAUGCGGACAUUUUGGCUUCUAUUGCAGCGGACCGUGCCCAUUUCGCAGACGAAGAGAAAUUCUUAGAGGCGUGCCAAGAGGCCGCGAUAUGGCAGCAAACCAUGGCACCAGACCGCGAUCAGUUUGGCGAAGAUGCUGAUGAAAUAGUAGAAGCGGAUGUUCCACGAGGAAACAAGCCUGCAGAAGAUUGGCCGAUCGCAUUGGGCAAACGAAUUUGGAAAAUAUGCCAAUCCAUCCGAAGUGAGCUCAUGCAUGAAAAGCUUAUUUCCUUAUUGGUCGAAUGGUGCGAAACACCCCGGUCACAGAAGCCAUGCGUGUCGUACCAUGACACAUGUGUGCAAUAUGAUGUAAGCAGGGAAGUAAUUUUGAGACACAUCCCUAAAGCAGCAGGAAAUGAUUGCUACAUUUUCAUUCCGCACCCACUGCUUGAUCCAGUGUUGCAACAGCACCAAAAGCGCCUCGAAAAGUUUUACCAGCAAACAUUUUGGGCGAACAAUGACGUGUUCCAAUGCAAUAUGGCUGCCAUGGCCUUAGCGAAGCGUGGCUUCAAUGUGGACAGGUGCUUCAUUGGUGAAUCCCCUGGGGGGGUUGGGCAGUCCUUGCUCUCUUUGCAUAUUGAUGCAAUGCUCGGCUCCAAUCAUGGAUACUUCGAUCCAAACGUUUGGUACAACGAAGAUGAGCUCCGAAAGCAGGUCGAAUCCUUCGCUCGCUGCAUCGUCGUCACUGGCCAAGAAGCGCCAGAAUCACACAAGAGGUUGCAUUUGGAUUUGUUCAAGAAGACUAUGUCAGGGGAUGGGAUAGCGGGGCGGAAGCCAUACGGAUACACAACGCGAAUGUUCAGCGUUGUGGGUUGGAAACGCCUGGAAGUAAACCGUAUGAUGGUUUUUGCAGGAAUCACCAAAUCCAACUUCCAGUCAGUCAUGCGCCGCGCUCUUGUGUGGAAACCAAAGGCUAGGUUCCACCCAGAGUCUGUGUUGAAACAAGCUCAUGCAGAUCAUGAGGAAGACGGGCAUUUCCUGGCCGAUCCAACUUUGAAGCAAUUUUUGGUGAGUCCGGGCGCUUGUGCUGCUGGUUUGCGCACGCAGCACGCCUUCGAAAUGCAGCACAGCCAGAAUGAAUGCAUGCACCUGAUUGAUGAUUAUGCCACCGGCGGCGAUGGAUUUCUUACUGAAGACAAGAUGCGGAAGGCUUGUGGGUUGGAGCUCCGAGUUCGCCACGAAGAAACUGCAAUGGGAGGCGUGGGUCUCUUACAUGUGUCAGAUUCACAAGAGGAACGGGACCAGGAAGAAUUGCAGUACACUGCGCUGCGUGAUUUUGUUGUGACAAAUUUGCUGGCUGAGUCCUGCAGUGACAUCACACUGUGGGAGUUCAAAAAGGUUUACGCACAGUCGAGCAACAAGCCCAACGCAUCGCACCAAACAGCUUUCAAAGAGUUGAAGACAAGGAAAAUGAUGCAGAAAGGAUGCAGAAAAGGCAAAGCCAAGGACGUUCUCCAACCGGUCAUCUCUUGCGAAGUAGGCUUCGAAGAUGUAAUAUUCAGUCAGCGGGCAGAUGAGGAGCGCGUGUUUCCAGAGUCUAUGAACACGGGCCAGAUCCGCAAGUAUUUGGAGGAGAACCCUUGUCGAAACAACAAUGUCUAUAUUUUGAAGCAGUUUUUUACCGAAUGCCUGACAGAAGAGAAGCGGAAAAAAGGCCGGCCAGCUGCCGACGACCAUGCAAAAAAACAGACGUUACAAGACCAACUAUGCAAGCUGGAAACCUAUGAGAAAGUUUGCCAAAACCUUGUAGAGAUCGCUUGCCCAGAAGCAGCAUCGCAGCCAGCGCAAACCCCACUGCGCAGAUCCAGGGCCAAGCAGCCCCCGGCGCAAGUGGCUCCUGCCACCGGCCUCGUAGAAACUUCUGUCCGCUACAAAUACAGCGGUGAUCGGAAACUUCGCGGACGGCGGUAUGCAACCCAAACUUCUGCCCAGAAAUGCGCGAGGCGGAUUCAAACCCAACUCUUUGAUCAUACAAUUGAUUUGGACAUUGAGAACUGUUGCGCUACGCUUGUCCUGCAAUUGCUUGAAAAGUUGAAACCCAACCCACCUAUGCCGGAGGAGGCAUUGAAAGCUCUUCGUCGCUGGACGGACAAUCGUCGGCUUGUAUGCCGGGAGGAGCUACAGGUAUCAGAUAGCCACGGCAAGAAGUUGGUUACAGCUUGGCUUUCCGGAGGGACGCCGGACAAGUCAUUCAAGGAUAUUCCGUUUGCGAGGAACAUUCAGAGGGCGUCCAUUUAUCUUCGUUGGCUGGCAUGCUCUGUUUUGGCCGAAGAUUACGAAGAAUUGGAGAAAAGAAGCGACAAGCCGUAUCCAGGAGCGACAGCAUUCUUCUACAUGUGGUCGGGCGUGGAAGAUGCUGUGCUGGAAGCCUGGUCUGACUUCUUGCUUUUGAAGCGGCCAACGCACCUGUCGCUGCAUUUCGACGGUGUGCGGGUCAACGCAGACGUCCUUGAAAACAUUGAUGCUUUGAUUUCAGAUAGUCAAGACAAGAUCAAAGAAAGAACCGGAUUCAGUGUCAGAAUCCGGCAAAAAAUCCACAAAUAUUUUAUGGAAGCUAUCGCCGGUCUAGACUCGACGGCUCUCGAUGACGUUCCUCCUGAAUUGCUGAAGGUUCCUAAUUGCAUCCCCUGUGCAUUGUGGCAUUUGGCGGCCAGCCAGGACAAGGAAAGCUACCUCCAAGCGUUCUUGCAAACUGACACCCAGCAAAAUUUAUAUUCCAUUGACAGAAAAUGCCGCACAUAUCAACAAUGCGUGGAAGUCUUGCAAACGCUUGAUUUGAAACCAAGUUUGGGCGUUGUCUGCAACUCGCCGGGCAAAUAUCUAUUGCACAGUGAAAACAAAGGUUCUCCCCAUUGCGUUUCUCUAGAGGUCCAGGAGGCAGGAGAUGUUAUGAUGUCGGUGAUCAAGGAUGGGUCCAAGGAGUACCGACUAGAAGCAUCCAGCCUUUUAGAGCUUGCUGAGGGGUCGACAGACUUUUCCACCAUCGUUUCCUUUGCAGUCUCCCCCAAAGAUGGAGAUGGUCCUACAGCGUUUUCUUGCCUGUUGGAGCUCCAGGCCGCGUCGUCGCCCACGGCAUCCUUAAGCGACGACAGCACCCUGUUCCAUCAGCCCCAUUUCAUUGACAGCGAAUUCUCCAGCCCAAGGUCGUCAGUGUCCUCGGCCAUUCCUGCUUUCAUGUUGUUCCCAGAGUUCGUAGAGAAGCGCAUCUCAUUGUUCGAAGGUUUGUGCUGUGAUUAUAUUCCUGGCAAGUCAGCCAGGUCUAUGGGCAGAGAUCCCUUCAACUUUCUCCACCUUGUCGCAAGCCGAAUGGAUCACAGAAUUGUCCAAAGCAAGAGAUCUGCUGGUAAAGGAGUCCUGUGCUAG